UGCUGUCCAGUUCAGCAGUCAGAGGAGAGCAGUAGCUCACGCAGCACACACCGUGUGAGAGACAGCUGAAGAUUUGGGAGCUGCUGAGUGACGCUUCUACUAUUACAUGCUGAUAUUUGUCUCCACCUCCUGCCUUUCAUUAUAAAUGAAGCUCACAAGAAGCGCAGGGAGAAUUCUGAACAGGGGCAGCAGCAUUCAAGCAUUGGAGACUCUGACACGUGGGAACGUGCAAAGCAACCCACUUAUUUUUUACUAAAAAGGACGUUGGUUUAAAAAAAAAAUAAAAAAUACAAGAUGCUGAAUGCAGGGAUCUUCAUUUUAAGCUUCUGUUUCACCGCUGGGGAAGGCUAUGCAGCUGGCAAGAGGCCUUAUCAGAUUCAGAAUGGGCCAUGCAGCUACACAUUUCUUCUGCCCGAGCAAGAGACAUGCCCUCCGAGUAGCUACGGCAACCAGGUGCAGAAAGAUGAUCCGGCUGAAUACGAGGAGUCGCUACAGAGGUUGGAGCAGUUAGAGACCAUCAUGGAGAACAACACUCAGUGGCUGCUCAAGCUGGAGAAUUACAUCCAAGAGAACCUGAGGCAAGACAUGGUCCAGCUUCAGCACGACACAGUGCACAACCACACGGCAGCCAUGAUCGAGAUUGGCACCAACCUCCUGAUUCACACUGCAGAGCAGACGCGAAAGCUCACCAGUGUCGAAGCCCAGGUUAUAAACCAAACAACACGACUGGAGCGUCAGCUUCUUGAGCAUUCAAUCUCAACAAAUAAACUGGAAAAAGACAUUAUACUGCAGACAAAUGAAAUAACUAAACUCAAUGAUAAAAACAGCUUUCUGGAAAAGAGGGUGGAGGACAUGGAGGGCCAAAGACAGGCAGAGCUGAAGAGCCUGCAGGAGGAGAAGGAGCAGCUGAAGAAGCUGGUGGAGAAGCAAACAGGCAUCAUUGAGGAACUAAAGCAGCAUCUGCAGCGCACCUCUGAGGAGAACACAGCCCUGCAGCAACAGCAGCAAGAGCUGGCGGAGACGGUCAACAACCUCAUCCAAACAAUAAACAUCCCCACCCAUAAAUCAGCGAUGAUGCAGGAUACUCCCUCACAGUACAAAGACUGCGCUGCCAUCUUUAAGUCCGGGAACAAAGAAACUGGAGUCUACACGCUAACCAUCCCAGACACAAAAGAACAAAUAAAGGCAUACUGUGACAUGGAAACCGAGGCAGGUGGAUGGACAAUAGUGCAGAAGCGAUUCAGUGGCCUUGUUGACUUUGAUCAGACGUGGAAAGUAUACAAAAUGGGGUUCGGAGACACUUCAGGUGAACACUGGCUGGGUAAUGAGUACAUCUCAAAGCUGACUAACAAUCAGCAAUACGUGCUGAGGAUAGAGCUCACCGACUGGGACGGGAACACAGCUUUCUCUCAGUAUGAUGAAUUCUCCCUGAGCAGCGAAGAGCAGAAGUACAGGAUACACCUUAAAGGCUACAGUGGAACUGCGGGUAAAAUCAGCAGCCUUGCCCAGCCAGGAAGUGAUUUUAGCACAAAGGAUGCAGACAAUGACAAAUGUGUUUGCAAGUGUUCACAGCUAACCACAGGAGGCUGGUGGUUCGACGCCUGCGGCCCUUCCAAUCUCAACGGUGUAUACUAUCAGCAUGGGCAGCACACCAGUCGAUUCAAUGGUAUCAAAUGGUACUAUUGGAAAGGCUCUGGAUAUUCGCUCAAAGCAACAACAAUGAUGAUAAGACCGGUGGAUUUUUGAGGAACAAAUGGGGCAGUAGUGGGGCAACAACAUUUUCAGAACUGAUAUGGGAUUAUUUUUUGACAGGGAAAAUGCUUGACCAUUAUCUACAUGUUGAGCAAGAAAAGACUGCAAAGAAGAAAGCACUUGAAAGAAACUUACAGAUUUAAAACAAAAUAAUAAAUCAGUAAGAACAUGUGAUAAACAUGUAAAAAAUAAGUCUAAGUAAGAGGAAACAGCACAAAGUAUGGGCAAGUACUGUUAAAGAAGGCCUUACAUUGGAUGUGCACCUAUGGACUGAAUGGUUAAUAGGGUUGUCAUUAUUCCUUAUGCAAACAAGCUAAUGUGGUCAAAUGUAAUAUUUGUUUAGAGAGUAUAUAUUUCUGAAUUUCUUGAUAAUAUACAACAGUUACUUUGAUAAGGUUUGAUAUAGAAAAUACAACUAUGGUACAAAGGUAAAGUAAGAGUGAAUGAAGUAGAAGGGUCCUUACACUAACACAGUAAACGGAAAAUAUGUCCCUUUGUUUACAGCUGUUUACUGAUUUACAUUUUUUGGAAUUUUAGUACUUUUUGCAAUUGUUGAUAUAUUUCUGAAACAUUUUCCCAGACAUGAUAAAAAGAAACGACUAUAUUUUGCACAAGAUUCGCCUCAAGUUCACAAAACCUUAACAGCCGUGUGAGACGUGGGCUGGUUUUCUCAGAGAAAAAAAAAAAAAAAAAAGGCAUGCUUGGUGUUUGGCCCCAGGAUAAGUAGUGUAUGUGAUGUAUUUGUUUACUUCUAAUGAACUAUGGAAAAAGCCAUAGUUUUAUAAUUCACUUCUGUUAGCAGUUUUAAUAAAUUAUCCGAUUUUUAGUUAUCACAGUUUUCCAAAAAUAUUGAUAAUGUGUAAUAUCAGUUUCGAAAUUCUGAUACUCUUUAUACUGUUUCUUUGACCUGAUUUAUGAGAAGGCAACUCACCAUACUAGCAAUACCAAAUCUAUAGCUAAGUUGCCAAAAGGACUGCAUUUAUCACCAAUAGACUGUAACUACAUUUUCACUGCUGAGGCAAGACUUUCUAUUUAUUUAUUUUUUUUUAAAAUUAAGAUUCUUUAUUGGGGCAAAAUGUUCUAGUUUAAACUUUAAUUACAUUUCUUCGUUGUUCUUUUUUUCCCCCAGCACAGAAUUUUUUUUUUUUGAAGGCAUCAUGGACAGUCAUACCAUGAAAAUGAUCAUUAAAAAAAAAAUCUGAAGAAACCUUGUUUAACACGUUUUACUUUUUAAAGCGGAUAGAUACGUUUUUGGAUAUUUAUUUGUUUGUAUUACACAUACUUAAUAAUGUGCUUUAAAAAGGUGUAAAUUUUUUUUGUUAAAAUGUCAUUAAAAUUGAAGUAAUGGUCAACAUUUUCAUUUCACUGGGUUUAACUAUAAUUCUGUGCUGUAGUGUGCCAGGAACUGGACAGUAGACUUUGUUUUAGCUCUCAGCACAAUAUAUGUGAAUUGAAAGUAUUGAAGAAUUGAAUGGAAAAGUAUUCAGAAAUAUAUAUAAAAGAAAAAACCUAGUAAAAAACAUGAAACAUU